UUUCUAGUAUCAUAGAAAAACAGGAUAUGGUGAAUGUCUAGAUAUAUUGUUAUCGAUAGAUUGGGAAAAGAAGAAAAAUUUUGAUGUUUUUUCUAUGGACCAAUACAAUAUUCUAGUAAAACACAAAGUAUCUUAUUUCUCAUUUAUACUUCCAUUCAGUCUUGCUAUGCGUUUCGCUGGCAUAAUCGAUCCAGAAAUGCAUAGAGAAGCAGAAAAAAUUCUGAUAAAAAUAAGUCAUUUUUUUCAAGUACAAAAUGACUUUUUGGAUUAUUACAGUAAACAAGAAAUCGGAGGAAAAAGUGGAACUGAUAUACAAGAAGGAAAAUAAAUGUUAAUAAAUAUGGAAUAGCUGAUGAAGAAAAAGUAAAACGUGUGAAACAAGUUUAUGAAGAGAUUGGUAUAUCAAAUAUCUAUUGGAAUUACGAAGAAGAAACGCAUAAUUUAUUAAAUGCGUAUAUACAGCAAUUAUCUUCGAAACUUCCGACUGAAUAUUUUUUAUACUUACUCGCUACGUCAUGUAGUAAAAUAGGACGAAAAAAUUAAU